AUGCCCGUUGUUUUGGUGCGCCCGACCAAUCGGACGCGGCGGCUGGAUUCUACGGGAGCCGGGAUGGGCCCGUCGUGGCGGCAGCAGGACGCUCCCCUGCCGACCGUCACGCAUUGCGCAGGGUGCACCACCGCCCGGUCCUCCUGCGGCUUUAACGGCCCCGGCAUGGACCCGCCGCGCCACUUCCCGGCGGGCUUCGGCCCCGAGCAGCAGCAGCAGCAACAGCAGCAACAGCAGCAACAGCAGCAACAGCAGCAACAGCAGCAGCAGCAGCAGCAGCAGCGCCCGCCGGCGCCGCCGCACUGCCAGCAGCACGGCCAGGACAAGCAGAGCCUUCUCCAGCAGCAGCAGCAGCAGAGCCCGUGCCUCCAGUGCAACAACUGCGCCUACUACGGGGCUGCUGCGGCAGCCGCGGGGGAUAACCUGCCCCUGCUGCUCCGCGCCUCCUCGCCGCUUUCGGGCGCCUUUCGGACGCACUCCUCGCCGCUGUCUUCCGCCGCCUCCUCCCGGCACGGCAGCCAGCUGAACGUCAGCGAGUUCACCCCGUCCAGCCAUGCUGGCGCGUCCAGACAGCCUCACCAAUAUUCCCAGUACCACCAGUGCCAUAGCCUGCAGCAGCAGCAGGCAGCCAGUCCCAGCAGCAGUGUCAGCAGCAGCAGCACUCACCAUCACCAUCAUCAUCACCAUCACCAUCACCACCACCAGCAGCAGCAGCGCCGGGAGAGCAACCCCUUCACCGAAAUAGCCAUGAGCAGCUGCAGGUACAACGGCGGCGUCAUGCGGCCGCUCAGCAACCUGAGCUCGUCCCGCAGGAACCUGCACGACCUGGACUCCGAGUCGCAGCCGCUCCAGGCGCCGCUCGCCAGCCCCGCUGCCGCCGCCGGCGCCGGCUCUGCCCCCGCCGCCGCCAGCCCCGCCGCCCCGGAGAUCGUGGUCUCCAAGCCCGAGCACAACAACUCCAACAACCUGGCGCUGUACAGCUCCGCCGGCCCCGGCCCCGGCACGGGCAGCACCAACAACGGCGGGGGCAAGUCCAGCAAGAAGAAGAACCAGAACAUCGGCUACAAGCUGGGACACCGCCGUGCUCUCUUCGAGAAGCGUAAGCGCCUCAGCGACUACGCGCUCAUCUUCGGCAUGUUCGGCAUCGUCGUCAUGGUCAUCGAGACCGAACUCUCCUGGGGCGCCUACACCAAGGAGUCUCUGUAUUCCCUCGCUCUGAAAUGCCUUAUUAGCCUCUCCACGAUUAUCCUGCUCGGGCUCAUCAUCGUGUACCACGCAAGAGAAAUCCAGUUGUUCAUGGUGGACAAUGGAGCAGAUGACUGGAGAAUAGCCAUGACUUAUGAGCGUAUUUUCUUUAUCUGCUUGGAAAUACUGGUGUGUGCUAUACAUCCCAUACCUGGGAAUUAUACAUUCACAUGGACAGCCCGGCUCGCCUUUUCUUACGCUCCAUCCACAACAACAGCUGAUGUGGAUAUUAUUUUAUCUAUACCAAUGUUCUUAAGACUAUAUCUUAUUGCCAGAGUUAUGCUUUUGCAUAGCAAACUUUUCACUGAUGCCUCAUCUAGAAGCAUUGGAGCAUUAAAUAAGAUAAACUUCAAUACCCGUUUUGUUAUGAAGACUCUAAUGACAAUAUGUCCAGGAACUGUACUGUUGGUAUUUAGUAUCUCAUUAUGGAUAAUUGCUGCAUGGACUGUCCGAGCUUGUGAAAGAUACCAUGACCAACAGGAUGUUACUAGCAACUUCCUUGGAGCAAUGUGGUUGAUUUCUAUAACUUUUCUAUCCAUUGGAUAUGGGGAUAUGGUACCAAAUACAUACUGUGGAAAAGGGGUCUGUUUACUUACUGGAAUCAUGGGUGCUGGGUGCACUGCACUGGUGGUAGCUGUGGUGGCAAGGAAGUUAGAACUUACCAAAGCUGAAAAACAUGUGCAUAAUUUCAUGAUGGACACCCAGCUAACUAAAAGAGUGAAAAAUGCAGCGGCCAAUGUACUCAGGGAAACAUGGUUAAUUUAUAAAAACACAAAGCUGGUUAAAAAAAUUGACCAUGCAAAAGUAAGGAAACAUCAACGCAAAUUCUUGCAAGCUAUUCAUCAAGCUCGGAAAUUAAGAAGUGUAAAAAUGGAACAAAGGAAACUGAAUGAUCAAGCCAACACUUUGGUGGACCUGGCAAAGACUCAAAACAUCAUGUAUGACAUGAUUUCUGACUUAAAUGAACGAAGUGAAGAUUUUGAGAAGAGAAUUGUUACUCUGGAAACUAAACUGGAAACUUUAAUUGGUAGCAUUCAAGCUCUUCCCGGGCUGAUUAGCCAGACAAUCAGCCAGCAACAGAGGGAAUUCCUCGAGGCUCAGAUACAAAAUUACGAUAAGCAUGUUGCCUACAGUGCUGAACGAUCACGAUCUUUGUCAAGAAGAAGGAGAUCAUCCUCCACAGCACCACCAACUUCAUCAGAGAGUAGCUAGAAGAGAAUAAGUUAACCGCAAAAUAAAGACUUUUUGCCAUCAUAUGGUCAAUAUUUUAGCUUUUAUUGUAAAGCCCUAUGGUUCUAGCCAGCGUUAUCUGGGUUCUGAUAUCAGAAUCCUGGAAACCUGAACACAUUUUAGGCCAAAAUGAGUGAAAACUCUUCUUUUUUCCCCCCUCCUCCUCUCAGAUGCACAGUGAAUGCACCUAGUAUUGCUAUAUUAGAUUGUUCUUCCUGUAAUUUCACUUUUUAUUCAUGCACUUCAAACAAGCUUUACUACUACAAUACAUAAUCUAAUAUAACAAGUACGUUAAUUUCUGCACAUAGUUACCUGAUUAUUUUGACCUAACAACCAAAAAAAAGAUCACAAUCAAAAGAACUAAUUACGAACUUUUAAGAAACUAAAUUGAAGCUUAAUAAUUAUUUCUCAGUAUGAAAGCUGUCUAAACUUUGCUUGCAGUGGAGGGGGAAAAAAACCAAUAUUAAUCUAACAGUGUGCUGUAUAUGCAUAGUCAUUUUAAAAGGUCACUGACAGCUUUAAUUUCUGAAGUGAUUAAUUCAAAAUAUGUCCUAGAAAAUAAGUCUCAGAGUAAGCUGUGGGUUUUUAAAAUAUUGUUAGGGCUUUUAUUUAACGUGCAUUGGUACACACACAAACACACAUAGAUAAUAUAUAUAUACAUAUGUAUUUAUGUAUAUAGAAUUAUUUAUGCAAUGCCCAUGGCAAUGAUCUUUUAAACUGACUAUUCAUAAAGCUACUGGCAUGCAAAAAGCACAGGCAAAGUCCUGUUUACUUAUUCAGAGUCUCAUAAGAAUGCCAGGUAAGUUUGUCCAGAUCAAAAGCACCACUUUCACCCAGAAGUCUCCUAAUAAUGCUAUUUGGGUUUUGAAAGUUUUAGGUUGCUACUUUCUCCACUCCUUUCUUUGUGUUUCUGGAGUGAAUGACUGACACACAGACUUACAGUGUACACAGUUAUAUGAUGGCAGCACAAUGUUCUGUAUACGUUAUGUUUGGGCAAUCCCCAUGGUUCCUGCUAUGCAGUCAAGCUUAGCAAAACACUAGCAAUAUUUCCAAAAUCUCCUGUAAAAAGCCAGCUGUAGACUGGAGUUACAAUAGUAGGGUAUCUAUAGUACUUUAUUUUCAUGCAUAAAAAUAAGGUCUCCUACUUUAUUAAAGAAAAAAAAAAAAAAAAAAAAAAAAAAGAAAAAAAAAACCAAAA